AAUCAGUAAUCACAUAUUACACAUAUAGAAUAAGAUCCAUUAUGGCCUCUUUGAAUCCCAACAACUUCAAUUACCCAUUCUACCCUUCUCCACCACCUUCUCACCCUUUCAACCCACCACCACCAUCCUUUAAGCCUCCACCACCUCCUUCCCACUCCUUCACCCCUCCACCACCACCCUCUCAUCUGUUUUCUCCUCCUCCUCCACCUCCACGUGGACAUCCACCACUACCACCUCCGCCAUCUCAUCCAUUUAGUCCUCCACCACCUCCGCCGCAUCAUCCAAUUGUUCCACCACCCCCUCAUGUUCGCCCGCCCCCAUCCCCGGUCCCGCCACCGCCUACUCCCAACCACCCAACCGUCAUUAUCGUCGUGAUUGUCUCCAUGGGCGGCCUUUUGUGUCUUUCAAUGCUGGCAUUCGCGCUGUUUUGCUGGGUUCAGAAGCGGAAGAAGAAAACUGAAGAAACCGACAUCAUUCACAUCGAUGAGCACAAAAAGAUUAAGGAAACCAUUGUUCCUGGCCCUUUUGGAACGCAGACAGUAGUGAUAUCAGUUGAAGAUGAUGUUCAUAUCGACGAAGAAAUCAAGAAGAAAACAGAGGAAGGUGGUCAUCAUCAUCACGGUUUGCAUGUUGAACCAUCUUCGUCAUCAACUGAUCAAGGAACUUCAAGAAGCGCUGAUGAUGAGGUGGGAAUAUCUAAACUACUUCAUCACCAUCAACAAAAGCACGAUAAUGAUAAUGCAUGAUGAGAACAGGAACAAGCCGUGAUUGAAAUAUUUAUAUGCAUGCGUACGUGUAUAUUCCCCCGGCCCCCAUUAUUGAAUUGUCUUCGUCCAAACAAUAAUUCCUCUAAUAUCUUAUUAAUUCACCAAAAUUACUUCAACGAAUAAAUAUUUUAAUUUGAAUCA